AUGGAUUUACGCAACGCUAACCUCAGUCCUCCACCAACACCAGGCCCAAGCUCAUUCGCACCAUGUCCAACGCAUUCAAACAAACCGUCCAGGGCGCCCGCCAGGUCGCUUUCGCUACGCAUUCCCGAGGACGGACAGGCGUUCGCCGGUCUCACUCAGCCUUUACCACCUUUGGCCGUUGCGCCUUCUCCCGCAGCUGCGCAUGCAUCUACGCCUAUCCUCUCCUUGCCCCUAGCCAACAAACAGCCAGGUCAGAGCACGCUCGCGCCGCCAUUGCUAUCCAGACUCGCGAGAAAACGUCCGUCAAGGCUCAACUUGGCGCCCCCUUCUCUAUCCGAUGAGCCUGGCCAGUCGUCGCGAUCCAUGCCUAACUCGCCCGUUGCACCAUCUCGCUCUCAUCCCAAAACAGAGCACGUAGAUGGCACAGCACCGCCUGCAACAGCGAUAUCGGAAGCCGUCAAGCACCUUUCCAGCACGCUUCGAGGCACACCGCGCAGACGCCCAAGUAUGCCUUUCAAGAAUGCGUCCGCGCAAGAGUCUGCCGGUGCUGAACCCUCCAGCGCUGCAAGCUCGCGCAACCGACCGCCAGAAGCCUUUCGCGAUCCCUCGGAACACAUCCUCAGCGGCAAAGGCAGUACCCUGCAGCACGCGCGCAGCGUCUAUUCGCAAGGGCCCGUCCAAGUGCUGCCAGGACUCUUCCUGGGUGACGAGCACAAUGCACGUGACACCGAUACGCUCUCUGCGCUUGGAAUCACCACUAUUCUCAACGUCGCAAAGGAGACUGUGCUCGACUUCGACUCGCAACCUGGACCGUCAUCCAUCUAUCCAAGCGCGCCGCGUGCGACUUGGUCCAACAGCGCAACCAACCUCGCUCGUCCUAACCCAGACGCACGAUCUGCCGUCAAUGCAUCCGCACAGCAUCUCACAUCGAUUGCCAACCAGCACGAACCGCUGACGCCCAACACCUACUUCACUCCACCCGCCACCGCCACUCUGUCCAAGCCCCAAGACCAUAGAGAAGCUUCUUCGCCUCGCGACGCAAUCAGCGUUUCCGUGUUGCGCAAUACAUCAUCAACGCCCAACCUGCUCACCCACUUUCUCAACAGCGAAGCCGCCGACCCCUCCUCAUUCUUGCCAAAACAAGGCACCGAAGCUCACUCGAUCUCGACCACCGACCUUCGCACACUGACGGCUCAGGACGUCCUGCAUUAUCGCUCGCUCCGACGCACCAGCGAUUCGUCGUCCGAUGAUGCCUUCGACACUGCCUCGUCGCCGUCUUCCUCGCGUGCUGCCAGCACAUGCACUUCGACCGCAACCGAGCUCACUCCGCCUGCGCUCCAGCAUGUGAAGACCGACACGGAUGCUAGUGGUCAGCCAAAUGCUACCUCUUGUUACGCCUUCGAAAACGAAUCGCAGGGUUCGCCUUGCGCAUGGUACACAAAGGUCGAGCUACCGUCCAAUGCCACAGCAAUCACUGUGUCCGCCAGCAUAGGAGACGGUCCAGAAAGACACGAGAUGCGAUACGUCAAGCUGCCCUGGACACACGACGAGACCGACCUGGCUGCUGGCCGUGGCGGCUUCGCUCAGGGCAUCGCACUGAUCGCCGAAGCGUUGGGCAUCGACGAUCGCUACUGGUACGCCGCCAAGAUUGCCGAAGACCAAGAAGCCUGCGCGGCACUGCAAGAUGAUUCGGUCAGUUUGCAGCACAUUCUGACACACCCAUCUCCUGGCAAAAUCCUCGUUCACUGUCAGUGUGGCGUCAGCCGAAGUGCAACACUCGUCAUCGCCUUUGUUAUGCAAGCAGCGGCCAUGCGGUACGGCUUUGAGACCGCUCGUAGCCUGCUUGGCAUGCACGAUUGCUACAACAUGGUCAAGGAAAAGUCGGCCAGCAUUUCUCCCAACAUUUCGCUCAUCUACCAGCUGGUUGAAUGGGAGCGCUACCUGUCGAGUGCCGCUGGUCGACUGCGCGAUGUGCUUGGCAUGGUCAACACCGGCAGCGAAGGCGAUGCGGGUGGUGGUUCGCCUGCCGAUGGGCAGACAACGCUCGUAGCCCCAGGCUGGUCCACGGAACCCAUGGACGAAGCCAUGUGGAGCAAGAUGCGCUUGGAAGAAGAAGAAAAGGAAGCAGCCGAGGAAGCAAAACGGCGCGAGGAGCGUCUCACCGAAGCAAUGAGGCUAGCAGCAGAGAGGAGAGCGGCUCAGGAUCGACUCGAGGGACGCGUGCCCGACAUUGCCAUUGAUGCGCCCGAAGCUGGCGUAGGAUCGCUCAUGCAGCGAAGGAGGAAGACUCGAGCUCCACCGCUGCAACUCCAGACAAGCGCGACCCCUGCCGCCAUGGGCGCCCCCACAGCCAUUCCGCCGGCGCCAAGCCCAGGACUCCAGCGCCGUCGCCCUCCCGCAUUGCAACUCGACGCUGCGAAACGAGCGGGUGCCGACAACAGCGGCUGUUCAGAGGUCGAGACGCCGUUUCAGACGGCGAGGAUGGAAGCUUGGACGGCACACGAGCACGAUGUGGACGGCGAUGUGACGAUGGCCGACAGUCUUGAGCCGCCACAGACGCCGCCGCGCUCCUCAGCAGCCGACUCGGAUGUUGUCAGCACGCCUACUGCUCGAUCCACCUCCGCAGUGUACGGCUCUGAAAGUGCCAGUUGCACUCUUCGUACUCCGAAUGCGUCGAGUGCGUGGAAUUCUUCGGCCAAACUUACAGGAGCAGCCGAGCCAGACGAGCCCUCCGAGGCGAUGCAGCUCUCAUCGACAAGCUCGAUGUCGAGCACCGAGUUGCGAGUAGCAACGCGACGUGGCAGUGUGCAAGGUGGUGUCCCGACAACGUCGCUAUCGCCGUCGUCACCUAGCUUGCCGCCCGCCAUGUCUUGGUCACACUCGAUGGGCUCGAGACCGAACCGAUUCAGUUUUGGCGGUGCACCUCUGGGCGGCAGCCUAGCUGCGCGACUCGGAUCCGACUCGGAGCCGAGCUCGCGAUCUCGAACGCGGCCGGAUUCGAUGCAGAGCACGCUGUCUUCUUCGUCGUCGUCUACCGCCCUGUUUGGUGUCGCGGCGCUGUCGCACGAAGAGCGCAAGAAGCAGCACCGCCGAACGUUUUCGUCGGACUGGCCGACGCUGCGGGCGAAUUUGGCGUCCCAGAGACGAAAGAGCAAGGUGGAUAUCCUGCUCGUUCCGCCAGCAAUCGGCGACAGCGACAGCCUCUCGUAG